GGUGUUUCUUUUUCCUGCUUGUGUGUUGCGAGUUCAGUCGCACAUGUCCAGCUGCUCGACAACAUCUAACAUGCCGGCAAAGAUCCACAGUGAAGGCGAUCACAUCACACACAUGGAGGAGGUGGAGAACGGACUGGAGAUGAUGAAGAAAAAGAAAAUAAAGAAAAUGAAAGAAAAGAAAACAACGGCAGCGACAGACGAGUGUGAAUGUCCAGCUCCUAAAAAGAGGAAGAGCGAGCAGUUAACCACCGAUGUGAAUGGAAACAUGGACACAAACACCAUCAAGAAGAAGAAGAAGAUGAAGGUAAAAGCAGCGGACGCGACAGACGGAUCAGAGAUGCUCCAAACCUCUUCAUCAGCAGAGAUCAGCAGCGAGCAGCCAGCAGCGGCCAGUGACAGCGACAUGGAGAAGGAAACUCCUGAGCAGAGAGAAGGAGCGUUUGCCAACUUCAGGAUCUCACAGGACACCGUCAAACUCCUGCAGGCACGCGGCGUCACGUACCUCUUUGACAUCCAGGUGAAGACGUUUAACUCAGUUUAUGAUGGGAAAGAUCUGAUUGGUCAGGCGAGAACCGGCACUGGAAAAACCUUCUCAUUCGCCAUUCCACUGGUGGAGAAACUGCAGUCUGGAGCAGCAGAUAAGAGACGAGGACGAGCCCCUAAAGUGUUGGUUCUUGCACCGACUCGAGAGCUCGCUAUUCAAGUGUCCAAAGACUUCAAAGACGUCACCAGAAAACUAUCUGUCACGUGUUUCUAUGGAGGAAGCUCCUACAACCCACAACUCGAUGCAAUCCGCAGUGGCAUUGACAUUCUGGUGGGCACACCAGGUCGAAUCAAAGACCACCUGCAGAAUAACAAACUGGAUCUGUCUCAGCUCAAGCACGUGGUUUUGGAUGAGGUGGAUCAGAUGUUGGACAUGGGCUUUGCUGAACAGGUGGAGGAGAUCCUCUCCAUGUCCUACAAGAAAGAUGCAGAAGAGAAGCCGCAAACGCUGCUGUUCUCCGCCACGUGUCCUCACUGGGUUUAUGAUGUGGCCAAGAAAUACAUGCGCUCGCAGUACAUUCAUGUGGAUCUGAUUGGGAAGAAGACGCAGAAAGCCGCUACCACAGUGGAGCACCUGGCUAUUGCGUGUCACUGGUCACAGAGAGCGUCAGUCAUCGGUGAUGUCAUCCAGGUGUACAGCGGCAGUCACGGCCGAACCAUUGUCUUCUGUGAGACCAAGAAAGAAGCCACAGAGCUCUCCAUGAACACCUCCAUCAAACAGAGUGCGCAGACGCUGCACGGAGACAUUGUUCAGAAACAGAGAGAGGUCACCCUGAAGGGCUUCAGGAAUGGCAUCUUUGAAGUGUUGGUGGCCACUAACGUUGCUGCUCGCGGUCUGGACAUCCCAGAGGUGGAUCUGGUCAUUCAGUGUUCUCCUCCAAAGGAUGUGGAGUCUUACAUCCAUCGCUCAGGACGGACGGGCAGAGCUGGGCGAACUGGUGUCUGCAUCUGUUUCUACCAGCGCAACGAGGAGAACCAGCUGAAAUUUGUGGAGCAGAAAGCGGGCAUCACAUUCAAACGUGUUGGAGUCCCUACAGCCAAUGACAUCAUCAAAUCUUCCAGUAAAGAUGCCGUGAGGUUUCUGGACUCUGUCCCAGCGGCAGCAGUUGAAUAUUUCCGCCAAGCGGCAAGUGAGCUCAUUGAGCAGCGGGGGGCGGUAGAGGCGCUGGCCGCGGCGCUCGCUCACAUAUCAGGAGCUACGAGUCUGGAGCAGCGAUCGCUAAUCAACUCUGACGCUGGAUUUACCACACUGAUCCUGAACUGCUCUCAAGAGAUGCAUAGCAUGGGUUAUGCGUGGCAUGGACUGAAGGAACAGCUCGGAGAACAAGUCGAGGACCACAUCAAACAUAUGAACUUCCUGAAGGGCAAGAAGGGAGUGUGUUUUGAUGUUCCUGCCAGUAAGCUGAAGGAGAUUCAGGACAAAUGGCAAGAUGGCCGUCGCUGGCAGCUGACCGUCGCUACAGAACUGCCAGAGAUGGAGCAGAGCGUGCGUCACAGCGGCGAGAGGUUGGCCGGCGGGUUUGGUGGUCGCGGUGGAGGGGGACGCCGCUCGUUUGGCGGAAACUUCAAAGGCAGCAAUGGUUUCAGCAGAGGAAGAGGACGAGGAAGAGGAAGAGGAGGCGCUCAGAAACGAAGCUUCAGUCAGGCCUUUGAUUAUUGAUCGAUUGUUGAUCAUGUUGCGUUGGACUGUCAGACUCAUGUUUUUACUGCCAUUUGAUAAAUUCCCAUUCGCUCGGUUCUCGGGCGUUCAGAACCAUGAAACAUGCAGAUUGCUUAUGCUUGCAGUUGUACUAUUUAUAUGACGAAUCCUGUUCGCAUUAAAGUGGUCUUACAACUAA